AUGGCUACGGCAGCAGCAGAGAGAGCAAAGGAGCAGAUGAAAAAGGAAGCAAUGUUACAGCAGACUUCUGCACACACUGUUAGUAAAGAAGAUAAGACUGUUGCAUCUGCUGUUGCUAGCCCUCCUGAGACCUCUGAGUCGUUAUUGAGGCGGGAGGGUGAGCGGAGAAAGGAUGCGGCGGAGACAUCAGCUAAGCGGCUUGAGGAGCUCGAGCGAGAGGCGAGACAAAUUGCAGAGGAGCAAGCGAGUCGAAAGAAGGCUGCUGCUACUGCUGAGGGUGCGGUUAUGACUGAGGCCACUGGUGUUGAUACUGUUAAUGAUAUUGUUAGAAGUGAUAAUAUUCCCGGUUCGGAAGUCCUCCAGGACCCAGCGGCGAGUGAAAGUGUAUCGACGCCUGUGAGCGAAUAUUCUGAGGUGGAUAGUGAGGACGAGAGGCUGGACAGGGAUGAGCUUCUGAGGAAGAUACAUAGGCUGGAGGAGGAACUAGCGUUGUACCAGUCAGUGGUGGAGAAGCAAGAGGCAAUCUUGAUGCGACAAAUUGGUCACCUAUCAACACUAAGGGAGAAGUCGUGGCCAGCGGCCAUGCAGAGCCGCGAUAAAAUGCCCGAGGUGGAGACGGAGUUGAAUUCCAUGUAUCUCACCUUUGAAGAGGAUAUAGCAGCCGUUCAGGCGCUCAUAGAAGAAGGCCGAAAGCUGGGUGAAGCGGACUAUGCAGAGCGACGUUUCUACCCCUCCAGUGGUGAGGACUCUGAGGUCGACUUUGACUCAUCUCGGAAGGAAACUUCUACGGCGAUUCUGCCGGCUAUGCUAUGCCGCUCCUCAACAGUCCUUAUAACUCGAACCACAAUACCCUCAAUAUCUCAUCGAGGCUUCUUUAGUAGUGGUAGUAGUGAUGACGAAAAGGGUGGUGGUCGCCGUCAAGCAGUUUUCAGAGAGUCCCCACCAGUUAAGGACGAUGAUGGAGCUACUUCUGGUGUGGAGGAGUUGCUGGAGGAACGGUAUGGCGUAGCUCCACCCAGUAGUCCUGAGGAAGAGCAGAGCAUGAUCAGCGGCAAAGGUAGGCUCCCCUCGAAAGACUCUAAAGGGCAGACCUCUGAGGACCUUCCUAAAGUUGUCUGUUUGCCGCUGCAACGACGCCCCCUCUUCCCAGGGCAAGCCGCAGCAUUGCAGAUUACCAACCCAGAGACCCAAACAGCGAUACUCGAGAUGUGGACGAGCCAUCCUGGGCAUUCCUAUGUCGGAGUAUUCCUACGUAACAAGCCUCUUGCCACAGCUGAAGGGGACGAGGAAGAUUUGGAAGAUGGUGACACGGUGAUGUUGCCGUCACCAAAGUCAUCACUGGCACGAUCGUCUCGAUCGAAGAAGGCUCCUAAUGGUGGUAAAAGGGCCGACUCUGAAGAUAACGAAGGUACAGAAGUUCCCAAGGGUGAUAAGAGGCUUGUAGGGUCCCGAGAUGUUGUCACCGACCCGACUACUGAGCUACACCAUGUUGGCUGCUAUGCUCGCAUACAACAAGUAUUCCAUUUUAGACAAAAAGAUGUCCUUCAUGUUUUCCUAUCGGGUCGGCAUCGAAUUUUAUUGGAGUCUACGUCGGUCUGUGGCCCUCCUACUGAGGUUAACGUCACGCACGUGUUGGAUGAGGAAGGGGAGCUGGCGGAGGAAGCGGCUCAGCUAUCAAAGGCUUUGAUACAGGAGACCCUGUCGGUGAUACGACAGAUAGCAGCAGUGAAUCAAUGGUUUAAGGAGCAAAUUGACAGUAUGCAAACCAGUAUGGAGUUUUCUAUCACGCCUAAGGAUCUCGGUCGAUUGGCUGAUCUGGGUUCAGCGAUGGUGAAUGCAGAUCCUGUCGAACUGCAGACAGUUAUGGACACCAUUGAACCGGCCGACAGACUUCAGCAUGCACUUCUCUUACUCCGGAAAGAACUAGAAGUUGCUAGUCUACAGCAAAACAUACAAAAACAAAUGGAUGAGAAAAUGCAGUCGUUGAAUAGAGAGUUCCUAUUGAAACAACAGUUGAAAGUUAUCAAAAAGGAACUAGGCUUGGAAAAAGACGAUAAAGAGGCCGUUUUAGAGCGCUUUCGAGAGGCCUUAAAGGGGAAGACGGUACCGAAAGACGUUCAAACGACCAUCGACGCUGAAAUGAACAAGUUGUCAUUUUUGGAGCAGAACAGUUCUGAAUUUAAUAUCACCAGGAGUUACCUAGAAUGGCUGACGAGCUUGCCUUGGGGGAUUUACAGCGAGGAUAAUUUUAAUAUUGCCCGAGCUUCGGAGGUCCUCGAUGAAGAUCAUUACGGCUUGAAGGAUGUGAAGGAGCGUAUAUUGGAGUUUAUCGCUGUUGGGAAAUUAAAAGGUUCACUUCACGGCAAGAUACUUUGCUUGGUUGGGCCGCCAGGUGUAGGGAAGACGAGUGUUGGUAAGAGUAUUGCACGCAGUAUUAAUAGGGAGUUUUACAGAUUCUCGGUAGGAGGGCUCUCAGAUGUUGCCGAAAUAAAAGGUCAUCGACGUACUUACGUUGGAGCUAUGCCCGGGAAAAUCAUACAGUGUUUAAAGAAAGCGAAGACGCAGAACCCUCUGGUUCUUAUUGACGAGAUAGAUAAAUUGGGUCGAGCGUCGCACCAAGGGGAUCCUGCAUCGGCAUUGUUGGAGGUUCUCGACCCUAAUCAGAACGAUAGCUUUACUGAUCAUUAUAUGGAUGUGAGUUGCCGAGUUGAUGUGUUGUUCGUGUGUACUGCUAAUCAACUUGAUACUGUACCGGGUCCUCUACAAGACCGUAUGGAAGUGAUCAGACUGUCGGGCUAUGACCUACCCGAGAAAGUGCAAAUUGCCACGCAGUAUUUGAUUCCUAAGGCGGUGACUGCUAAUGGACUGUCGAAUCAGAAGGUGGAGUUCACGCCGAAGGCAAUUGAGGCUCUCAUCAAGGGUUACUGUCGAGAGGCUGGUGUGCGCAAUCUUGAAAAGCAUGUAGAUAAGAUUAUGCGAAAGCUCAGUUUUAUGGUUGCCAAGGAGAAGGAACAAAAGUCGCUCCUUGAGAAGGAAGCCACGACAGCCGAGGAAAAAGUCGCAACCACCGUGGAGGCGAGAGAAGGCGAGGGUGUGGUAUCAGAGGAAGAGGAAUACGGGAGAAAAGACCCGUUGUUGUCAUGGGACGUGAAUAAGGAGACUGGAUGUGAUAACCUGAUGAGAGAGGUGCCUGAGAAUGUCGACUGUAUCAUCACUCCCAAGCGGCUGGUCGAUCUAGUUGGCAAACCUGCAUUCACGAGCGAGCGCCUCUUUGAAGGUACGUCCCCUCCAGGAGUCGUGAUGGGACUGGCUUGGACGGCGAUGGGAGGGACAGUUUUAUAUACGGAGACUGUCGUGGUAUGUCGGGGCUGCGAUCAGUCUCCUUCUAUGUGUCGGGGUCAGGUCCCUAGCAAUGAUCCUAAAGGUGGGAUUGAGAUAACCGGACAGUUGGGGGAGGUCAUGUCGGAGUCUACUAAGAUCGCCCUUACUGUGGCGAAGAGAGUUGUUCAUUCUAUCCAACCCGACUCCAAGUUUUUCGAUACGACGAAGAUACAUUUGCAUUUCCCUGAAGGAGCUACUCCAAAGGAUGGCCCUUCGGCUGGAGUUACUAUUGCUACAGCAUUGUGCUCUUUGGCUCUACAGAGGUCAGUCAAAGACAAUUUAGCGAUGACUGGAGAGCUCUCGCUCAGUGGUUUGGUAUUACCCAUUGGAGGAGUGAAGGAAAAGGCAAUUGCUGCCGUCCGAGCUGGUGUCACGACACUGUGUUUACCCCUACAGAAUAAACACGAUGCAGCAGAGCUACCAGAGUAUCUUAAGAGUAAUCUCACGAUCUACUUCGUGCGAGACUUCGAAGAGGUGGCUCGCAUCGCUCUCGGCAUCGGCUCUCCCGCGAUGGAAACUGAAGUGGCCAGACCAUCUGGCAUCGACCACGCGCCAGCACGAUGA